ACGGCGUAUCUGCUUGCACAUCGGGGCUUAGUACUAGACAAUAGCAUGGAGAUCAAGCCAGCCGUGAUCCUUGUGGCCUGUGUGUUAUUCUGCAUCAGCAACAGAGGCAGUGCAGCGGGGUGCAGAACUUCAGAUCUUGUUGUCACCACGAAGGACUACCCGGAUCCGGGAGGAAGGCUAGUGCAAUACGUGACACUGGUGAACAACUGCGGCUGCACGCAGAAGAACGUGAAGCUGGCGUGCGCGGGGUUCAGCUCUUCCAUCGAGGUCUACCCGGACACCGCCAUCAAGCCGGACGGCGACGGCAAGCUCUGCACCCUCUACGCCGGCCGCCCGGUUGGGCCUAAACAGAAGGUCUUCUUCAACUACGAGUCAAGUACCCGGUUCAGCUUCCAGCCCGUCUCCUCCACCAUUGUAUGUUAGAUACUGCGAAUAAAUGGUAUCAUGGUCAUAUCAGAAAUAUGUUUCCAUGGCGACAAAAACGAUAUAUCUGAAUAAAGUUCUUAGUUCCUACCA